AAUCGUGUACGGACGUACUCAUCCGUAUCCCCGGGAGUGAGCAAAACGCAAUCGAGCAUAAAAUCAGCAUCCGUGAAAAGUGUGGAAUUUAUUUCAAUUAAAACAGUUUCGAACAAUUCCCUUCUACUUAAAAAAAUAAAAUAAAACAGAACAAAAAUCAGAGCGAAAAUAUACUCUCCUCAUUGUUACGCCAAGAAAAGUGAAAGAAAAAGUAACGAAAUAUCUUCGACACAAAUCCUUGCGUGCGUUUGUGAAAGAAAAAAAAAAUUAAAAAAAAACUUUUGGUGCCUACGCAAUGGCCGUUGUUCCUUCGUCUACUAAUCUCAAUGAUUGGGAUUAUUGGGAUUAUCGCCGUCGCCUGUGGCGUGACCAGGAUCUCUUCGACUGGGAAUUGCCGUACUGGAAGCGUUUGGCACGCUUCAACUCUUCGCCAGAUCUAAGUCGUGUUGUUGUGGGCAAAGACGGUUUCGAGGCGAACGUCGAUGUGCAUCCUUUCAAACCUUAUGAAAUUCAAGUGAAGACAGUGGGCGACACUGUGGUUGUGGAGGCGAAACACGAGAAGCGACGAGACGGUGACAACUAUGUUGGACGUCAUAUAGUUAAGCGUUUCGUCCUGCCACGCGGCUUCUAUCCGAACGAUGUGCGCUCCGAACUCUCCUCCGAUGGCAUUUUGUCUAUAAAAUGUCCACCACCAGCGCAGGCUGAACGGAGCGUUUAUGUGCGUCAAGUGGGACUGCCAUAUCUGAGCAUUAAGAACUGAUGAGGAUUAGAGUGGAAGGCGAAAGGAUAUUCAUGGUUUUGCAGUAAUUGUAAUUAACACCAGCACACGUGCGAGUAGUUUGUGUGUGUCUGCGAAGAACACAAAAAGGUUCAGCGUGUGCUGCUGUUUAUACGUAGUUUUUAAAAUAUUUGUUAUGAUUUAGCACAAUACUAAAUCGCGAGGAGUUCGUUUUUUUGUCUUUGUUCUUUUCGAUUUUUAUUUUCUAUGAAUUAAAUUGCACUUUGAGUUUCUGUUCAAAACCAGAAAAACGAAAUCACCAAAUAGCUUGCCAUUUUUUUUGGAAAUUUUUUGUAAUUAACACAAACUUUUUGAGAAUAAUAAAAAAUAUAUCGUAGUUAA